GAACUUGAAAACGAUGCUGCAACAUGUCCCAGUGCUCUUUGUUCUUUGGCACCUUGUUUCAACAUCAUAACUGCAUUUCUUGUCUCUCUGAUUUUGUCUGUGCUGAUGUCCUUUAAUCUCACACAGAAUAGUCAACCCUAACCUCGAUUUCGUGUAUGGAUCUGAAUGUUCGAAUCUCGGAACCUGAUGAACGGGGGAACUGCGCGUCUAUACGUAAGGGCCGACUGGGGAUCUUUGUGAAACUAGCACGAACCCCCAUAGCCAUAGGCAAAAUCCUACAAAAGAACCUUCCGGACCACUUCCAGGUGUCUCCAGGUGUCUUGCAUUGACCACCAUGGUACACGACUCAACCGUGCUACACCAGGUCAGGACGUAUGUGCGCGAGCUUUCAAAGCCCUUGGCAGACAUAACUGGAGUUCCCAAUAUUUCGCAACACGCGGACGUCAUUCUCGUGUCGUGUCUAUGCUUUACCUUCGUCCGUCUCGUGCUUUCUCCCAUUCUCAGCACGGUGUUCUUUCCGAUAUCCUAUGGCCAGACGGGAAAAAGGGCUAAACAUAACUGGGAUGUCCAUGUUGUUUCCCUCGUGAAUGCAGUCGUUAUUAUCUAUCUCGCCGGGCGGUGUCUCAACAUUCCCAUCCUGGACGAGGACCGUGCCUUUGGUUGGCACGACGAGGCCUGCUUCGUACAGGCUGUGGCCUGUGGAUACUUUUUAUGGGAUUCAGCAGAUUCCCUCAUUCACUUUACAGACAUAGGAUUCGUUUUUCAUGGAUUUUCGUGUCUUGCUAUAUACGGCCUGGGACUUAAACCAUUUUUAUUUUACUACGGCGUGCGCUUUUUAUUCUGGGAGCUGAGUACCAUUUUCUUGAAUAUCCACUGGUUCUUGGACAAGACUGGGAAAACCGGUAGUAUUCUCCAACUCGUGAACGGUGCCUUCCUCCUGUGCAGUUUUGCCUCCGUCCGGCUGAUAUGGGGCGGUAAAAUGUCCUACGAAUUUUUCCAAACCUUGUACUCUGUUCGUAAUCAAAUACCCUUCACAUUUGUUAUUGUGUAUGGUGUAGGCAACAUCGUCCUCCAGACCUUGAACUGGCUAUGGUUCAUGAAGAUGAUAUCCGCACUACGCAAGCGGUUUCCCUCUAAGCCCAGUAAUAGAAGUGUCACCAAUGGGAAUGGUAAACAUAAAUAGCGCACCUAAUGGUCAAAAGUUAUAUAGCCAUUUUAUUCGAGUAUAACAAACCACAGGUAUCGACUACGAAGCAGCGUGGAACGCUGCUUGCACUUGUGUUCGUACUUUACGCUCCCAUGUAACUAGAUUUACACGCCGUGAUACCUCUAUACGAAGUGCAUCUUUAGACUGGAGAAUGGUGUGUAGAUAUGCAAAUGCGAGAGCAUCCAAAGCAGUGGGAUUCUCUGAACCGAGGAACCAUUUGUCUUUCCCAAGACGCUCUGAAAGGGCUCCGAUAGCUUCUGUGUAACGAGCUUGAACGGAAGAAGACUGGAUAUGCGUGCCAAAUGGUGGUAUCAAGGAACUCAAUCCGGAGAAGAAGGCAGGAGGAGGGUUGGUCAAGGAUUCGAUAGGUCUUCCCGUUUUGCUUUCGAAGUUUACGAGACGCGUAAAAAGACUGGACUGGGGCUGAGAGAGCAUCGGAGACAUGAACGGGACCCUCGAGAAGGGUAACCCAUGCGUGACUUUCGUCCCUCAGAGCCGCGUCUCUAUACCCUUCCAGCGGAUCAAGGUUGCUUGCAAGCUUCCCAUCAACCCAUCCGGGUAUCAUAUGUGCUGCUAGCAGCUGUGGGACUUCUUCUUCUCUAGAAAUGGGUAUCUGUAGGUUUGGAAGUAUCCUGCCUAAUGCACCUUCUGGAGCAACAUCCCAGCGAACUGCAACGUUGGACAGACCUCGGAGUGCAAGGUACGCCUGCCAUUUCAGGCAUUCGACAUCGCUGCUCAAGAAAUCUACCUCAGGGUUUCUGGGCGGGGCGACCCAUAUGGUUGGAUUCGACAAGCGGUACUUUGGAGGAAAGGAUAUUGCAGGAUAAGAAUGCACAGGGAAAUAGUUGAAAAAUGUCCUCAAGGGAGCAGGCAAGGUAAGAGCGUCC